AAAGCUUUCUGGAAAUCUAAAUAAACCAUGUCGUAUGCUUUGCAGUUAUCCAUUUUCAAUGUUGCAUUCUCAAAAAAGUCAAGUAGGUUAGUUAGACAUGAUCUCCCUUUCCUAAAACCAUCCUGGCUGUCUCCCAGGAUAUUGUUACCAUAUAAGUAAUUUUCCAUUUUGGAACUUAUUAUAGUUUCCAUAAGUUUACAUAUAAUAGAUGUCAGGCUUAUUGGUCUGUAGUUACCUGGUUCGGUUUUGUCUCCCUUUUUGUGGAUUGGUAUUACAUUUGCUAUUUUCCAGUCUGUUGGUACAACCCCUGUGUCAAGAGACUGUUGCAUGAUCUUGGUUAGCGGUUUGUAAAUAACUUCUUUCAUUUCUUUGAGUACUAUUGGGAGGAUCUCAUCCGGCCCAGGGGAUUUGUUUAUUUUAAGAGCUCCUAGUCCCUUUAACACUUCUGCCUCUGUUAUGCUAAAGUUAUUUAAAACUGGAUAGGAACAGGUCGACAUGUGGGGCAUGUUGUCCGUGUCCUCCUUUGUAAAAACCUGUGAAAAGUAAUCAUUUAAUAUAUUCGCUAUUUUUUUCUUCAUCUAUGAUUUUGCCAUUUGUGUCUCUUAGACAUUUAACCUCCUCUUUGAAUGUUCUCUUGCUUGUUAUAAUAUUGGCUUGCGUCUUUGAUAUCUUUACUUGAAAUGGCUGAGCACUUUUGAUAACGGCGUUUUUUCACAUUUCCAAUGGGUUUUUGUUUCAGAUAUCAGUAUACAUGGUUAAUAGUACCACUGUUUGAUCCCCAUCUAGUCCUGAGGAUGUUCCUAAUUAAGUUGCUACUCACUCAACAUGGUACAGUAUUAAAUUUGAUUUAAGCGUUCUAUGGGAGAAUAAACAUAACGUUAAUACACUAGAACAAAGUUACUUAAUUGACUUCAGAAUUUUGAUAAAUUGUAUGUACCAAAGGUUUAGCAUCACCUUGGAUUUUAGGAUUGAGACAUCAUUUUAAAAAAUAAAAUAUAUUAACAUAAUUUAAUGUAAUAAACUAUAGAAGAAUAUUGAAAAAUGCUCCCAGAAGCCAUAAUUGCAGUACAGUAUUUUGUUAGAUUUCGAGAUGUCUCAUUUUUGCAUUUUUUAUCAGUUGUUUGUUAAGUAUAUGGAAAACUAAAAACGAGGUGUGCAAUUUAAUAGGUUAACGUUACAUUAUUCAGCAGGUUUCAUUCGACUUUAUAAUGCAAAGUUAAUUCUAUAAAGUGUACAAAACUUUGGCCAUAGCUGUAUAUGUAGAAGUGUGAGGUUGCGUAAUCCGUGUUAUUAUUCACUUAAACAGUGUAAUACGGACGUUUUUAUUAUUAAAGACACCUAAUGGUAACAAACACAUUUCUAAAGAUCAAACGCCUUUGUUUCUUUUUUUUUUUUCGGCAUCUCCAAUACAACUCCACAUUUAACUAAGACUGCUGUUCGGCUGCCAUUCAUUUUUUUAACCAGCAGAGGGUACUGACACAGACAGAAUACACCCAACAUCUCCUCUCAUAAAGACAAUGGAAUUGUAAUGUGACCAGGGAGCAUGUAGGGGAGGUGGCAACCGGAGCUUCGAUUAGUAGCCAAAAUCUCCCUAAAAAACAACAUGGAUGGAUGGCUACCUUGGUAGGAAUAGUAAUGUCGCUUUAAGAAUGCCACCUUUGAACGUCUCACGUUUUCUGCUACUUCUGCUUUUCUUUGGCAACGUUUGGAAGGCUUUUACAAAAUCCAUCCCGGAACAAGGCACUCUUGAGGUGUUAAUUCGAGUUCAGGUUUUUGACAACAGCAACCUUUCACCUUUGGCCAGCCCAGUGGUGGAGGUUUAUGGGAACCGUUCAGCCCUGGCAUCAGGGGUGGCAGGCAGUGAUGGGGUGGUCAAGGUAACGUUUCAGUACCAGCCAGGAACAUGGAUCAUCAUCACAGCUUCGAAACAUGGAUUUGUGACCAACACAGCACCGUGGCAUGCCAAUAGGAUACCCUCCUUGUCGAGACCUCCACUUGCAAAGCUUAGCUCCACAGCCCUGGCUGGCUCCCCAAACCUUCCAAAAGCCAGUUCCAAAAGACCAGAUGCACAUUUCCUUCGCUACAGCAUGUUUGCUUCUGUGAGUCUCUAUCUCCUUCCCCAACGACCAGCCACCCUCAUUCUCUAUGAUGACUUUGUUCAAGUUCUCCUGGGAUCUCCUGGUGUCAGGAACCAGCCAUGGGUUCAGUUCCAGAGAAAGGCCGUUCGACUGCCACCCAACUCCACCUAUACAGAGCUAUCUGCAGUUCUCACAGCAGCCAAGAGCGAGUAUGAGAUCGGGGCCUUUCCCUACCUCAUCGGACUGGAGAGCAAUGGGACAGGCGUGAACAGCAGCUGGUUGGAGCUGACCCCGGUCACAGCUGUCAGCACUCACCUCUUCACCAGGAAUGGGACAAUGAUCCAGGUGUCCGGCCUGAUCCACAUCUCCAUCCCUCUGCCUGGGGACACUCCUCUGAGGGCUGCAGCCAGCAUAGCUGCCUGGAGGUUUGACACCAAGACUGGGGUUUGGAUUAGAAAUGGAACGGGCUAUGUAAAGAAGGAAGGCGCUCACUUAACAUGGAAUUUCAUCGCCCCUCAACUUGGAUACUGGGUGGCGGCCAUAUCUUCAGGGAUGGCACUGAACCCUUCAGGACUGCAUGACAUCACCACCUAUCACACCAUCUUCUUGCUUACUAUCCUGGGGGCUCUGGCUCUCCUGGUCCUUAUUCUACUCUGCUUACUGCUUUAUUAUUGCAGGAGGAGGUGCCUGAAACCAAGGCAACAGCAGCACCGCAAACUGCACAUCUCCUCCACACUCGACAAGAAGGACCAGGGAACAUCCACCUCCCACCUUAACCUGAUCAGCAGCAGCCACAUCGAGUCGGCCUCUUCCAAUGGAGACAUGGAUGCCCACACUCCCAUCCUAAAAUCCGCAUUCUCGUCCUCACGGGAAUUUGAAAGUUCCCGUGAAGACUUCUUCAAGCAGAUCCCUUCCCAUAAGAUGAGACACAGUAAAGUGAAUACAGAUACUAUCACUCGCCAGGGGGGGGCGAAGGAGAGCUUCCAAAUGAAAGUCGCUCGUUCCAUAGAUGCCUCUAACACAGUGGAUCCGCCCUUGUUGGACGACUACCGAAGAAGCUACAACUCCAUGAUGUCCCAGCAAACCAUGGAAGAUAAGAGCACCGAAACCAACAGAAGACGCAUCAUCAAUGAUAACAAGGGCUAUACUCAAGAUCCUCCCUCUCCCCUGUCCCUGCCAUCGUCUCAUGAUUUCAUGAUGUCUCAAUCUGUUGACCAUCUGGGCAGACCGACAUCCUUGUCCCAGGCUGGGCAGCUGAUCUUCUGUGGCUCCAUAGACCAAAUGAAGGACAAUAUGUAUAGAAAAGUGAUGCCAACUUUGGUCAUACCGGCUCAUUACAUGAGACUGGCUUCGGAAUACCAGGAGAUGGAGCAAGCCAUGGGGAUGACCCUGGGGCAGCAGCAGCAGGAAAUGGAAGGGAUCCAGAUGCAAGUUCAACAACAGAAACAACAGCAGGCCAACCAGCAGACUGAAGACCCAGAAGGCAGAGGGUGGGGCCCCCAUCCCUCCACAGGCCCGGUCCGCAUACCUGUGCUGUUUAACGACUCCACCGUGGGUCAGAUGAACGGAGAACUCCAAACACUGACGGAGAAGAAGCUACUAGAGCUGGGGGUCAAGCCGCACCCAAGGGCCUGGUUUGUGUCUCUAGAUGGGCGGUCCAACUCCCACAUCAGGCAUUCAUACAUUGACCUCCAAGGGAAGGAGAGGAGACGUAGUAAUGAUGCCAGUUUGGAUUCAGGAGUAGACGUGAAUGAAUCCAAGAUUCCCCGGAGAAUAAAGGAGGAACGGGAAAAGCAUGGACUUGGAACCAUGGCGUACUCCAAGCUGGGGUAUGUGGAUGACACAGAGCAGAGCAGCAGUGAAAGCAGAACAGCCGUUUGCUCUCCAGAGGAUAAUUCCCUGACCCCGCUGCUGGAUGAAAGUUUGGAAAACCGAGGGGCUACCAUUCCCAGAAGAGGACGGAGUCGAGGUAAUAGCUCCAGGAGCAGCAUCAGUGAAAUCCGACGGGAUUCUAUGACCAGCCCCGAAGAUGAAAUGAAUGACCCGUCAGAAGGGGGGGAUGAUCAGGGGGACAAGAAGAGCCCAUGGCAAAAACGAGAGGAACGGCCCCUGAUGGUCUUUAACGUCAAGUAAACGUCACGGUAGAACAUGAUCACUUUUAAUAGGGCUGUCAUUCUGAUGUUACAUUUCUUUGCUUGAUCCUAAAAUGCUGUUGUUUUACCUUCGAGGGUCCGACACAAAAAAAGCACAAGUACUAGUAAGACCACAUAAAACAGAGCACGAUUUGUACCCCCUUAAGUUCAUACUGCUGCAGAAGGUGUUGAUCUUUGCAGUAGUGGCGCCGCCCUGACUUGUGGUCAGUACUGAAACCUUUUGUUUUUUUUUUAAAUUUGGAGAAAACACACAUGAGUGUGGCACAGGAGCCAAACAGGAAUACCAUAAAGAAACUGGAGAUGACAACUCAAAAACAUUCUGCUGAUAAUGAAAGUGAGAAGGGAAUUGCAACUGUUUGGAGCAAAAUGACAACCAUUCAAUGUCUUUUUUGUUUUAUUUAAAUCUUCCCAUGAGGGGUGACUCUUAGUCCACAACAGGCAUAAUGGUGUUAUAUCAUGUCACCCGUUACCAGAACCAUCUAUGGUGAGCCAUUUUAUAUUGACUUUUGGAACAGUCCAGCAGGCUUUAUUGAACUGCUUUCUUCCUAUGGAGAAAAAGCAUGUGAUCCACCUGAGGCAGAAUAGGGGGAUCACUUUAUAUGCCCCGCCCCUCCCACUACCAGAAUCUACAGCCUGACAUGGAGAAUGGAGUUACCAGUUUGGGAAUGUUUAAUAUGUUGUACUUUGUUACAAGGUGUUAACUUGGCAAGAUCAGAUGAAAAAAUGCUUUUGCAAGCACAUUAAAUACAGUAAACCAGCCCUAGAGUAUUUGGAUGACUUCUCAGACAAAUCCCUCUUAAGAUUAAAAUGACCUGCUCUUGCCCUUCUGGAAGACUACACUUUCUAGAAUCUGCUUCUCUUCCUGUAACACUGUUUUGGAGCCACCGGACUGACCUGAAGUUACACAAUUGAGGACCUUUUUAAACUCUUUUCAAAGGGGUGGGGGGUGGUACGACUCAAAUUAGUUUUUCCUCAUGCUGCCAAAUGGACUUUGUGGGUUUGUUCUUUUUUGUUGUUUUUUUCUAACCUGUGGACCGAAUUGAACCUGUAUAGAGCUUAAUUAGCAGCCUUUUAUUUAAGAAAAAAUAAAACCUAAAGGUUGCUUUCCUCGAUGGCACAACCCUGGCAAAGCUAAACAUCAACUGUCAUCCUUCAAUAAGUAGAAUUGAGAAGCAUUUCAUUAACAUGUCAUGAUAUGUAAAUGAAUGUUGAUCAAGUACACUUCAAAACGUUAUCAGAAUCCCAAUAUUGCAAACAGAACCCACCAAGUGCCUUCUUUGCAUAGAAGUUGUGUAUGGACAGUACUUCAAAUAGAGAAAUGCAAAGUGUCAGUUCCUAGAUACAUAUGAAGGAAAUAUGUGCCAAAUCUGCAAACUGAAGCCUGUGAAUUCUGGAAAACAGUUUAAAACCCCACACAAUAUGAAAAACUGACAUGGUAAAAGAAAGUGAAGGAUAUGCAAUUAGGACUACUGUAUAUUAUUAAUAUUUUGCAUGAACUCGGUAGUGUAGUGUAAAUUAUAAACUUUUUUUAAAGAACAGAAUACCAUUCCCUUUGUUCUUUUUUAUAUUAUUUUUUGUUCAGAGAUGGGACAAAAAGGUAGAAAGUACUGCUUCUUUCAAUGGACUAGAAGAACUGGCAGGAGAAGGGAAGGGGGGCUUGGUUGAUGUUUGAAAGAAAAUGUUACUGUGCUUUAUACAGAGGGUGUAAAUUGUCAUGUUUGUCAAUCUGUGUUACAAACAGUACCACAAUAACCACAACAGAUACUGAUCUGAAUUGACUGUAGCAGAUUUUGUAUCAUUUAUUGUAAUCAGAAUUGUAGGUUAAAAUUCAUUGUAGAAAAACACAUUCAUAGUUUUGUAUGUUUUGACAAGUCUACUGUAAUUGUGUGCUUCUCUCCUCCCAAGUAUCGGCAUUCAUAUUUAUCACACAAUGUACAGAGCGUUGUGGAACAUGUAUUAAGUCAUUUUCAGAAUCUGUGAAUUCAUUUUAAGCAUUUUUGUAAGGUGCACACUGUAGGCCAACAAAUUUACAUUUCUUCUGUUUAUAUUGUGAGACAUUGUGAUGCACAGCAGGAUUUAUUAAGGUGACAUUGAAAAUGUCACACACAACUAUGAAACACAUUUAAAACAUCCACUCUGAGUAGCUGAUUGAAAAUAGCAUCUAAUCAUUCCAGAAUCAUCAGAAAAAAAUCUAUUCAUUUGGGUGAUGUGGUUAAACUCUGGCUUAACAGUAAAGUGCACAAAGUAAAUGAAAUGAAUAAAUCUUAAUUUCAAUGUGUGUUAUCUUUUAUAAUUAGGAAUUUAACACACACGUAAGGAAUUACGCUGCAAAGAGUUCCUAAGUAAACUCGCUGCACUGCUCCUCAUUAAAUUAGGAAGUGGAGGAGGAUGCUUAAGGGACUAAACUACUUAUACAAUAAAACUACCACUUUUCCAAGGCUAGAUAAAAAAACCAUAUAACCAAUGGAUAUGUGUCAACUGUAAUGGAUUUCUCAGAGAACCAGCUGCUACUGGGAGAGGCCUUUACUCUUAGUAGACCAACAACAAACCCCAAAUGAAUACCAGAACACUGCCUUAGAGACCAGCUCUAAACUACACGCUGCUGCCUUAUGAAGCAGCUGCAAUAUCAACCAUUCUAUUCAAAUAAGGUAGCCAUUUGGAUGCAAAGCUUGCAGAUACAUUAGGGCACUGUGGUAGUGUGUAACUGGAAUGGAAUGUUUAUAUAUAUAUAUAUAUAUAUAUAUAUAUAUAUAUAUAUAUAUAUAUAUAUAUAUAUAUAUAUAUAUAUAUAAAUAUGUCAAUUGUUCAAAAGUGGAGAAACAUAUUUUAACGCACCAUUUUCUUAACAAAUGUUUAUUUUAUUAGGUUUGGUAUGCCUCUAAUUUAAAGCUCAGUGUUUGAAAUCCAAGUUGAAAUGGAUAGUGGUGGUCUUUCACAGUAGCAACCUAAAAAAAAAUGUACAAAAUGACCUGCUAGAGAAUCAUUUCAGGGGGCAUUCAAAUCAAUUAUCUGGCCUAUUGGACAGCAAUCUGAGAAGCAAAAGGCUUGGGUACCACCAUUGCAUUGUGCUGUUCAUCUGCACAUACUGCCAUGUGUGUUACUGACACCUCAACAGUUUUUAUAGUCCUCAGAGGGGGAGUUCAUUUUCAAAAAUUCUAUUUUGUAUCCAUUUACCUUCAAGUGCUGUGAUGGUUACAAAGCUGGUUUGGGUAGCUGACUUCUGAAGUAGUAACCUUUUGCCUAUUAUUAUUAUUAUUAUUAUUAUUAUUAUUAUUAUUAUUAUUAUUAUUGAUAGCUUUUGAUGUCAAGGAGUAGAUGUUAAUGUAUUUGGACAGUUAACGCAAUUAAGGCACGUGGGCAUAAGAUGAUCUAUGAGUUCUAAGGGGUUGUCUGGGUAAUAGCUUUAGUUUUAGAUCACAGACACCAAAAAGGUUCUAGUGAUCCAUAGAAAACAUAGACUGAUAAAGUUGAACAGAUGCUCUCUAUAAAAGUGAAGUGUAAUUUCACCACAAGUUGCCAGCAUUGUGUCAGGCAGUUAACUCAAACAUGUUCUGCAAGUUGCAAAACGACAAGUAUCUUGCUGGACUGAAUGCUAUAAUGUUCUGUGAAGGCUGUGUUAUGUUUGUAUAUAUUUUUUUUAUAUAUUGAAUGUGUGGCAAAACCGUCGUUGUGUAGUGAAAGUUUGAUUUUCUUUCAUUGGAGAUUUAUUCAUAAAGUUGUAUUGUACGCUUGCCUGAUUUACACCAGUUUUACUCUUUUCAGAGCCUUUUGGUCCAAUCUUUUCUGCUUGUUCUUAUUAAUAAUGUUAAUAUGCAAAGCUGAUUAAACCAUUUAACAAACA